AUGCCCUCCGAUGAUGAAAGCGAUGAUGACUAUAGGCAAAGAUUGAGAUCUCCUCCAAGCGAGACCUUCUCUCACGAAGAAGAGCACUACCGAAGGCGUAAACGUAAAAGCCCAUCUCCUAGAGGCUUGGGAAACAAUGCCAUGAGCAGGGCACUGGAUCAACUUUCCAAAUCACCUUUCGCACAUCGCAUAGAAGGGGCUACACUUCCUCGACGAUUCCAACAGCCAACCUUUGCCAUUUGUAACGGCAAAACAGACCCCGUAGAGCAUGUGAGCCAAUUUAACCAAAGGAUGGCUAUCCAUUCUAAAAACGAGGCGCUGAUGUGCAAGGUUUUCCCAUCUAGCUUGGGACCAGUGGUGAUGAGCAGAGCUCCUCGGUCCUUAAGUGCUUUAUUGUCGUUAUCCAUGCAUGAUGGAGAAACUCUAAAGGCCUACUCAGACAGAUAUUGGGAGAUGUAUAAUGAAAUGGACGAUAAUUUUGACGAUGUCCCCAUCAGCACCUUCAAAAAUAGUCUUCUAGCCCAGCAUGACUUAAGGAAGUCUCUGACUGGCAAGCCUGCCACUAGUGUGCGCCAACUGAUGGAUCAGAUCGAUAAGUAUAAACGAGUAAAGGAAGAAUAG